UCGCACAACAGAAAUCGAUAUGGGCCGUUAGUCAGUGAAGAAAAGCCCAGCGAGCACGAGCAGUCCCUGCUCCUUCACUCUCCCUUCCCCACUCGGAACCGCUCCGCCGCCGGCGCACGUCUCGCCGUCCCCGGAGGCCGGAACACCCCUGCAUUGCCCCGCGCGUCUGCCGACCGAUAAUCCCUAGGCUUCGAUGGAGCCCGCCGCGUCGGGGGCUGUCGGCCGUCGCUGUCCAACGUCGUGAGCUCACGACCGUCCCUGCUCUCGUCCAGCUGAUGCCCGCAAAGCGCCGGCGGCUCGACCCAGAGUCCCCGCCGCCGCGUGCUGUGGGAAAGCAAGUGGGCUGUGAAUCGGCCAUUACUCUGGAGAUGGUGAUGUAGCAGCUAAUGGUUACCACAAGUACAAGGAGGAUGUAAAACUAAUGAAGGAAACUGGAUUGGAUGCUUAUAGGUUCUCUAUCUCUUGGCCAAGGCUUAUUCCUAAUGGCAGAGGAGAAGUCAACCCACAAGGAUUGGAGUACUAUAAUAAUCUUAUCAGUGAACUUCUGGAUCAUGGAAUUGAACCACACGCUACCCUUUUUCAAUAUGAUCUUCCUCAAGCCCUUGAAGAUGAAUACAAUGGAUGGUUGGGUCCUCAAAUAAUAAUGUCAUAUGUUAUGCAUGAUCAUGCAGAAAAAAGUGAUGAUUUUACAGCAUAUUCAGAUGUCUGCUUUAGGGAAUUUGGCGAUAGGGUUACGAAUUGGACUACCCUAAAUGAACCUAAUGCUUUUGCAUUGCUUGGCUAUGACAUUGGAGUGGCACCACCAGGGAGGUGUUCUGAGCCAUUUGGCAAUUGCCCCAAUGGGAAUUCUGUAACUGAGCCUUACAUUGUAGCUCAUCAUAGUUUGUUGGCUCAUAGCUCAGCUGUAUCACUGUAUAGGCAAAUGUAUCAGGAAAAGCAACAUGGAGUUAUUGGCAUGAAUAUUUUUAUAUAUGACUUUGUACCUUUAACAAACUCAACAGAGGAUAUAACUGCAACUGAAAGAGCAAAGGCCUUCUACACUGGAUGGUUCUUGGAUCCGCUUUAUCAUGGAGACUAUCCAGAUAUAAUGAAGAAGAUUGCUGGUUCCAAGCUGCCAAAAUUCUCUAACAGCCAAUCUGAACAAUUAAUCAAUUCUGUUGACUUUCUUGGUGUAAAUUACUACUCAAUAAUGUAUGUGAAGGAUGAUCCACAUGCUGCUCCUAGCAAUGAAAGGGAUUUCCUGGCUGAUACAUAUGUUAAAACAAUAUAUAUGAAUAAUUCUACCACUCAGCUCUAUGUGCCACCUUAUGGUCUCCAGGGAGCGCUUGAAUAUUUCAAGCAAUCUUAUGGCAAUCCGCCCAUCUACAUCCAUGAGAAUGGUUAUCCAAUGAACCACGAUGUGGUAUUUGACGAUGGCCCUAGGGUGGAAUUCUUGAGUGAGCACCUUAGAAGCCUAGCGGACUCUGUCAGGAAUGGUUCAAACACCAAGGGCUACUUCGUCUGGUCACUGAUGGAUCUAUACGAGCUUACCGGUGGCUUCAACACAACAUAUGGCCUUUACUACGUGGACUUUGCAGACAAGGAACUGAAGAGGUAUCCAAGACGCUCUGCAAUUUGGUACACAGAUUUUCUGAACGGCAGGAGAGCUGCGAUGCCCAAGAGAUCUUCAGAUUCCUCGCUGCCAGUAUCCAGUGUUUAAGCAGCACUGAUAGCACUCAAAGCGCUCUUGUGAUUUCGAUAUUUUAUAAAAUUAGAACUUUUGCUCGGGGAAAUUUCUCCUUGGUCAAACUAUGCAAAGGAUUGGCACUGUUCGUGUGCUGCGGCUGUGCCGUACCGAGCGUGGCACCGGAAAAUGAAUGUCAAAACCACUCUGCAAGAGCCAUGUUAGGAUGAAAACUAAAGCGAAAUUGCUGUGGGGGCAUCUUUAUGUC